GUCUGUCCACCGUCGACUCUUGCUUCGGAGUUUAGAAGAGAAAAAAAAAAAAAAGAAGCAUUUCAGCAGGUUGAACCCUAGAGAUACUCUGAAAUUAGUUUCCGUUCGAGGCAGAUUUGCGUCUCCGAUUGCAUGAAUUGCUUGUUCUUCGCGGACGGAGCCGUACAGAUAGAGCUGUGCGUUCUUCUUUAAUGUAGUCUAGGACUAGCAGGAAUAUGUUGAGGGGUGAGCUUUUUCUUUAGAGGUUGAUUUCUUAUUGAAGACAGCAUGUGCAAUUUGUCUAAAAUAGAAUCUAGUGCCUCAUUCAUCGGUGGUCUUCUUGAAUCUGGUUGAUGAGGAGUCUUUUGGUGAACACGAAUGGUUGGGUUUGCGGAACUCGAUUUCCAUGCAUGGGAUCAGCAAAAAGGAGUGAGGGAUCGCAUUGGAGGUGAGGGGCAGGUUCUUUCUGAGGAAGAUGAAUCCAGAAUUAAUGAGGAUGCUGAAGGCGCAAAGUUUGGCCCUAUGCAGUUGGUCCGGUCCCAGGCUGUUCCACAGAUACUGCAGCAACACCCCGAAGGGCCUCAAGGAUUGACAGUUUGUUGGGAAAGGUUUCUCCCUCUUCGGUCACUGAAGAUUCUGCUGGUGGAAAAUGAUGAUUCAACUCGCCAUGUUGUCAGUGCAUUGCUUCGAAAUUGCAGCUAUGAAGUUACUGCUGUGGCUAAUAUUCUAGAAGCAUGGAAAGUCUUAGAAGAUUUAACCAGUCACAUUGAUCUUGUCCUAGCAGAGGUAGUGAUGCCUUUUUUAUCGGGCAUUGCUCUCUUAUGCAGGAUUAUGAACCACAAAACUUGCAAGAAUAUUCCAGUUAUCAUGAUGUCUUCUAAUGAUUCCAUGGGUAUAGUAUUUAAGUGUUUGUCAAAGGGUGCAGUUGAUUUUUUGGUGAAGCCUAUACGAAAGAACGAGCUUAAAAACCUUUGGCAGCAUGUUUGGAGGAAGUGCCACAGUUUUAGUGGCAGUGGAAGUGAAAGUGGUAUACGGACUCAAAAUUCUACAUGGUCAAAAAGUAUUGAAGAGUCUGACAAUGACACUGACAGCAAUGAUGAGGAUGAUAAUGCUAGCAUUGGUUUGAAUUUUAGGGAUGGAAGUGACAAUGGCAUUGGCACUCAGACUUCUUGGACAAAACAGGCAGUAGAAGUUGAAAACCCCAAAUGCAUGUCACCAUGGAAUCAACUUGCAGAUCCCCCUGAUAGCACUUGUGCCCAGGUUGUCCACUCAAGGGCUGAAGCAUUUAGCAACCAGGUGCCCACAAUGGCCACAAAAGAGUACAACAGAGAGGAUUGUAUGAACGGCGAUGAUGCAAUUGGCGAAUACUUGCAAAGAGAGGUUCCUAGGAGUCCAGAUUUACAACUUGAAGAACAAGGAAUACAAGUAUUGGUCUCUGUAGCAGAGGCUAACGAGAAAAAAACUUCUGAUCUAGAAUCCAGAGAAGGUGAUGAAAAAUUAGAGAGAGUAAAACUGGAGAUCAAUGGUGAGACACGAAAUGGAGAAUAUGGGGCAGAAGCUGCUGAUUUUAUUGGCACUCUAACUAACUGUAGUAAUCUUCAGAUGGAAAAUGUAGCCAAAAUUCCUUCUGACAUCUCUAUCUCAAACUGCCAAGUCAAGGCCAUCUAUGAAGCCGAGGAAAUGCCUUCCCUUGAACUCAGUUUGAAGAGACAGAGAGACAUUGAGGAGAAUGAGCCAGGAGCACAAGAGCGAAAUGUUUUGAGACGUUCGAACCUCUCAGCCUUCUCAAGGUAUAAUACCAAUUCAACUGCUAAUCAGGCUUCAGCAGGGAAUGUGGGCAUUUGUUCCCUGGUUGACAAUAGUUCAGAAACUGCAAAAACAGAAACCAUCCACAAUCUACAAUCUCAUUCAAACGGGAUACCUAAUCAAGGUUCCAACGGCACUAGCAACAACAGUGAUAUGGGCUCCACAACUAAUAACGCUUAUACCAGGCCACCCGCUUCUGGUGAAAAGUCAAUGCUCAAAUCUGCAGUCAAUAUCCAUCCCUGCUCUGCCUUUCAACCUGUUAAAGAUGGGUAUUAUGUGUCAUCCCGUAAGUCAUUGAUACCCUAUAACAUCGAUGCUGCAACAAUGAACGGCGUAUUGGCACAAGCAAAGGGCAUGCCCUCACAUAUCCAACAUUCGCACAACCAUCAGCACUACCUCCACCAUCAUUACCACAUCCAUGACAUGCAGCAGCAGCAGAAACUGCCCAACCUCAACGAAUUGUCUGGGCCGUUCAGUUUCUCAAGCUCAAAAACUGAAAACGGGAGUGGUUCUGGAAGUAACAACGGGAGCAAUGGGCAAAAUGGUAGCAGUUGUGCAAUUGGAGACGGAACAAACAGGGGUAGUGAUGGCAGCGGUGGAGGAAGUGGAAGUGGAAGUGGAGUAGAUCAAAAUCGUUCUGCACGGAGAGAAGCUGCUCUGAAGAAAUUCCGUGAGAAGAGGAAAGAGAGAUGCUUCAAGAAAAAGGUGCGGUAUCAGAGCAGGAAAACCUUAGCAGAACAAAGACCGCGCGUGCGAGGGCAAUUUGCUCGGCAAAGCCAUGUACGAUAACAAAAGCGACAAUAAAUAUUGCUAGCAGAAGCGCUUCAGAAGCUUGAGUUUGCAUGUAGAAUACGCAUAUGAUGAUAGACUUAAGACCAAAAUCCCUUAAACCAUUAUGCUAUGCGAGUAGUUAAAGGCAAAUAUGGAAGGACAACCUUGAACUUGUAGUUUGUUGUGUAAUCUGAGACUUAUAUGACCCUGUUGUGCUGCUAUAUCACUACUCAUCCCCCCAAAGAUAAAAGCUUCUUUAAUAGAACUCUUUUGUAUUGGGUUUGAUCCUUUUGCUCAAGAUCUCAACCUUCUGUUUUCUUUUUC